GAUAAUUUUCAGGCUGCAUGCAAAACAAAUCCUGACAAUGAAGAUGCCCUCGGCCAUUGAUCUUUUGUAUGAUGCUGCAUUGCUGCUUUGGUUUCCUGUGGUUUCACGGUAAGCUCCUGGCUUGAUAUCAUUCGUAUGAAUGUCAUUUAAGUUUCCAUCGUGAAAUCCUAAACUUGUAUCUUUUGGCUGAAUUUGUUGGUGUGCAACCUGAUAAUCCAGCACAACUCGGAGGGAAGAUAUACGAGAUGAUGGGUUUGGCUUUCACUGGUAAAAUGGUCGACACCUGGUCAGAUCACAAAACUAAGCUUUAUGGCUUUCAACCAACCCAAAAUCCACUGGCAAAAAUAUGGAAAUUGAUUACAACUAGAAUUUAAAAGUAGCUAGAGUGUAUGUAUAGUUAAACAAGCCAUAUGCUUACACCAUAGAGUGAGUUCAAUGUCUUUCCUUCAUGGACAUUGGACACUAGACUAGUACUAGGACUAAUUCAAUCAUUGAUGGCAAACUCCAAAAAUAUUCCUUCUCUAUUCCUUUUGUCUCUUGUGCACAGCACGACACUCUCCUUGGAGCUCCAAAACAAGAAUAGCUCAUUCAACAGUUAAAAAAGGAAGCAUUAUAGCAGCAAGAUCAAACAAAAAAGUACCAUCUUCUCGGAAGCAAACAGUGGCUAAAAUUGACAACCCCAGAUAAGCAUUACCUAACCAUUUAUUCUCCACAAUACUCCCUUCCAAAUGCUACACAUCACCACCAAUUUGGACUCUACCUCUCACCCUUUUCCUCCCUCAAAAAGUCCGUUUGGCCACACACCAAGUGACUAUACCAACUUUUAGCAACUUUCCCUUUGGCAUGUUCUCCAUCAGCAGUCGAUUCUAAUCUCUGUUACCAUCAUCAGGAAUCAGAAAGAAGCACCCAAAUGAAAAAAAAUAAACUAUGCACAGCUAAAAAUGAUUAUCUCCUAUACAUGCACCCCCUUGUAUCAUAUACCACUUCCAAACCACUACAUGCCAAACCCACCAAAAUAUAAACAAGACCCAAGAUUCAAUUUUUUUUACUCACUGCCAAAUGGGUAGGCAAGGUAAUCAUGAUCCUACUACCACUGUCAACUCCUCCAUUGCCCUUCUUCAAGAAAGGUUUAGACAAUUGGAGAAGGUGAAAGAAAGAAGAGAAGGGAAACAACUUCUUAAGCUCUUGUCAUCAGAGAACACCUCAUCUGUUAUCAUGCACAACCCCGCUUCAUCACAAAACUCUCAACAACCAAGGUUGGUGAAUCCACAUCAUGAUGCUCUUUCUCUUGGCCUCAAUUUCACAGACAAGUAUGGUGGCGACCACAGCACCAUGAAACCGACCCCUUCCUCCAAUUUGUGGCCUCAGGGAGCAUCAGCAUCAAGAAAUUUUGAUAGCUCAGACGUUGAUACUUCGCUUCAUCUGUAAAUAUGUUUACUACUGUAUGUCUUUGCUUCCUUAGUACCCUUAUAGAUGUAUAAUAACCCUAUGUUCUCCAUCAUUUUGUAUCAGUAAUCAAGGAGGAUUUGUAUCAGUUAUGUUUUUUGUUUUACUUCCAUGAAGGUAUGUGAUUGACAUAUGAAAUUCGUAAUUGUAUAUGAUCUUUCUUUAGACAAAAAUAAUUUGGCAUUUUAUAGGCCAAAAAAUAGUAGGAUUUAUUCUCAGAUUUUUGUUUUCAUCAAAUAUUAAAUUGGUAUU